AUGGCCCGCAUGAUCCAAGUGAAGGGUGACCACCCUCAAGGUUUGGCGCUGUGCACGCGGAUUUGGCUCAUGCAGUCCAUGGAGAAAGAGUUCGGAAAAGUGGCACACUGCAAGAAGCCACCGACAACAGGCGAUCCGGAAACGGAUGUUGCCUUCGUUCAGUUUCAAAGCCAAGAGGACGCAGACAAGGCAGUGGAGGCUCUGCGACAGGGUCUCACGUUGAGCACCACUUGGCAAGGCAUCACGCUGAAGAUCACAGGCGAUUGGAAGCCUGGAGAGGGAGGCCGAGGCGGAAGUAAGCCAGGCUCCAGCUUCGUCAAGUGGCAGCCAGAGACCGUGGAUGACUCUCGCAGCUUUCUCAGCAACAACCGUCCCGCUCGAAGUCGCAGCGGUCGCAGGGACGACAGGCGAAGUGACAGACGGGAAGACAGAAGGGACGAGCGUCGCGAAGACCGGCGGGGCGACCGCCGAGAUGACCGAAGGGACGACCGAGGCUACCGCGACGAUCGACGAUACGACCGUGAUCGCCGGGAUGACCGAGAUCGCCGAGACGAUCGCGAUCGUCGAGAUGACCGUGAUCGAAGAGACGAUCGGGACCGCAGGGACGAUCGCGAUAGACGAGAUGACCGUGACUACCGGGAUGAUCGUGAUCGCCGAGAUGAUCGUGGCUAUGGCCGGCAGGAUGACCGCAGGGAUGACAAAAGAUACGAUGAUCGUGAUAGGCGCGAUCGAAGGGAUUCGCGAAGACGAACUAGUAGCCGUUCCAGAGACGAUCGACGUGAUGAUCGAUACAGCGAUCGCAGAGAUGAUCGUGACGAUCGCCGUGCCGGCCAGGAAGACCGCAGAGAUGGCGGGAGACAUGAUCGUGACUACGAACGUCGUGAGGAUCGGACUGCGCGCCGAGACUAG